AUGAAAGACGAAUCAAAGUUCAUUCCUACCAUUUCUACUCUGUUAAAACAACUCGUGGAAAAGUGGCGAGAUCGAAUGAGUUCUCUUGACUUUGACCAAAAGUUUGACAAGUCAUUACUGAGAAAGGAACUCAUGGAAGGUGAUCAAGGUAUUGAGGAAGAAAUUCGGAAAAAGGUGGACAAUCAAAUACGAGAGGAAUUGGACAACUUGAGGAUGCAACUCGAAAGUGAAAAUCCCCCAAAAAAGCCAACAAAGGAGAAGCCUCCUCCAAAGCCCAAGGAAGAAGUGAAAAUGCCAUCUUCUGAAGCAUUCUUUUCAGAUUUGGCAUCUAUGGGGAUUAUCACCAAAGUUCCACCUAUAACAUUGGACUCUUUCUUGGGAGAGCCCCGACUCAUUGGUUCCAUUCUUGAGUGGGAAGAGCCAUCCCUCGCUCAGAUUCGUAACCUAUGCCAAGAAUUGAUUCUCUUCAUGUCAACACCUACAGUACACAAAGCAGCACCUCCUUUGCGAUCCAUUCUCUUUUAUGGUCAUAAGGGUACAGGAAAGACCCAUCUCGCACAUGCCAUAAGCCAUGAAUUGGGAGCUGUUUUCUUUGAUUUAUCUCCAGCAGUCACUCAAAACAUUUGUACAGAACAAAGUGAAGCAACCACCAUGAUUGGAAAGGUAUUUCGUGUUGCAAAGGACAUGCAACCUGCCAUCAUUUACAUCGACGAUUUUGAUACCAUUAUUAAGGGAAAAGGAAAGGGAAAAACGAAAGCCAACAUGAAACGUUUGAGAAAACCACUCCUCACUCAAAUGAAGGCCAUGUCACCCGAUGAUCGAAUUUUGAUCAUUGCCAACAUGAAUGAGCCUUGGGAUGCUGAUGCAGCUCUUUUUGGAGACUUUUUCGAUCGCAUGAUUUACACGACUCUUCCUGACUAUUCAUCAUGCAGAGUCAUUUGGAAAACAUUGCUCGAGAAAGCUAUGGCCCGCCCAUUAAGCGAAGAAUUUGAUAUACAUACUCUCGCUCACAUUUCAACCAAUUAUACUGUUGAAAGUAUCAAACUUAUCAUUGAGAGUGUAAUCAACGAAAGAAGAAUUGCCAAACUUGACACAAAACCUCUUCAAGUUGAUGAAUUUGUUGUUCCCUUGUCAAAAAUCUACCCAAUCUACCAACAAGACGAUUUGAAAAUGAAACAAUUCACUCAAAAGCUUCCGCAGAAAUAUCGAAAAAAGACAAAGGAAGAGAAAGAAAAGGAAAGACAAGACCUUGAAGCAAAAAUGGCUGAAGAAAAGAACAAGAAUAAAAAGAAGAAGUGA